CGCGCGCGCCUGUGUGUGUGUGUGUGUGUACAUAGUUGUGCGCGCGCGCCUCUGUGUGUGUGUGUGUGUGUGUACUGCACAUCAAUCCAAUAUAUAUUGAUACCAUUUUUAUCUCAAAUUAAAGGUUUUAUUCAGAGUCAUAAAAUUGAAUGCAAAGUUAUAUUGGCAAAUUGGCCAAAUUUCAUCAUUUGACAAAAAAGGAUUAAUAAAUAAGUUAAUAAAUAAGUUAGUAAAUAAGAGGGAGGAUUAGGAAAAAAUGCAGAAAUCGUCUGACGUCGCGUUGCGUUGCGUCGCGUCAGUUCGAGGGCAAAUCUAGUAAGCUAGGACAGGGGCUAUUAAUAACUGUUUAGGGUGCCGUACCUGGCCGCCGCGCGCGCGGUACCGUCCGCGUCUCGAUACGCGCGUCCCGACGACCGGCGUCUCAGUGUCGUCGCGGCGACCGACGUCGCAUCCGUCGUAUUGCCGGUCCGUUGCUCCAACGGUGAGACGUAGGUCGUGUACGAGCCCGCGGAAUCCAAAAUAGCGCCCUCCUACGUAAUUGCGCGUCCAACUUGCCUUCAUAGCCUAAGUGAGACUGUUUGCGCUAAAAAAUUAACUCAGCGGUUAUUUUGUUUGUUAUCUCGUGCUUGCGCUGUCGCACCGAAGUUAUGGCACUCCUACGAAAUCAUCCAUUCGGUUGUGCCUUGUCGGAACUUCAACGAAAUGGCGCGGUGCAGUGUAUCUCUUCAAAGAAUAUGGGGGAAAACUGUACCAGGCGCUUUAUAUAGAGCCAUAUGUUCGGCUGGUAUAGAUUCUUGCUUCUCGAAUUCGCGUGGAUGGAUCAAAGUGUUAAUUUUAUGUUUGGUUUAGUUGAUUGCUGGUCGUUACGUUUUUCAUGUCGAUGCAUUCGUGUUGUGCACUUUCCCAUCGAAUUAAUGCUCACAAUGUGUUAUUUAUCGUAGAGACACCGUGGCCCAUUCUUACAGCAACUUUCGCAGUUUUUCUUGUUGUUUAUUUAUUACCGUUAGCUAAAAAAAAAUUAUUUUUUUUUGUUUCUACAAUUUUUAUGACCGGCAAGAAUUACAUUAAUCCGAUCAAGAUGUUUUAUUAAUUGUGACUCGUGAAUUUUUUUCAAACGCGAGUUUGCACCACGCGAUAUUGCGCGAAUAAGAACAGAAAAGAAGGAGAAAGAGGAGGGAAAAAGGAGAAAUAGAAGGAGAAGGUGAAGGAGAAGGAGGAGGAGGAAGAAACGGUGGUGGCGGAAGAACAGAAGGAGGAGGAGGUGACGGACUCUAAUUUGAGUUCGCAAAUCGCUCGUACCUGACAAUGAAUUUUCUUUCUAGAAAGGAAACUUUUCGUUUUUAACGUUAAAGAUACCGUAUUGAAAGGACUAUCGCUCGCUACAAAUGUUAUAAUGACUUCACGGUGACAGCGUAGGUAAAAGUUAUGCGAGAUUACAUACAACAUACAAAACGCAUAGAAUACGACAACGACGAUGUUUUAAACAAGAUUGUCGUUGGCAGCGGUUUCUCGAUGAUGUGAGACUUCUGUCAAAAGUGAGGAUAAACAUAUAUAUUUAUCGAAUAACUGAAAAAUACAUGAGAGAAGAGGGAGAAAAGUGCGCAAGCGUGUGAAUCGUGAAAGUUUUGAAGUCGGAAGAAUUCUCAAUUGUUGACUUGCGCGCUUGGCUGUUUUCAAAUCGCGAGGAAGUCGAUCGCUUUUUCUGUUGAACAGAUCUAAUCGGUACAGAUGAGACCGCGAGCGAUCCGCAACUGCAUGAAGAAUUAUCGGAGUCUUCGCAAUCAUUACCGCGAGAAUUGCUGUUUUUGACAGCUGGACUCUGACAAGAGGGACGGACAGACGGUAGUGUACUACAGCGGCUGCAGUGUUUGUGAAUACUCGAUGGAUGAGUUUCAUCCGUUUAUCGAGGCUCUUCUACCAUUCGUGAAGUCUUUCUCAUAUACAUGGUUCAAUCUACAAGCUGCUAAAAGACGGUACUAUAAGAAACACGAAAAGCGGAUGAGCUUAGAAGAGGAACGCCAGUGUAAAGAGGAACUCCAGAACGAGAAGCUGGAAGUAAAACAGAAAUGGGCUUCGCGACUUCUUGGAAAAUUACGGAAGGAUAUUACACAAGAAUACCGAGAGGACUUUGUGUUAAGUAUCACGGGAAAGAGACCAGCGAUGUGCGUUUUAAGUAAUCCUGAUCAAAAGGGCAAAAUGCGUCGAAUCGAUUGUCUUCGUCAAGCGGACAAGGUAUGGAGAUUGGACCUAGUUAUGGUGAUCCUUUUCAAGGCAAUUCCUUUGGAAUCGACGGAUGGAGAACGGCUUGAGAAAACUGCGGAAUGUGCGCAACCAGGACUUUGCGUCAAUCCUUAUCACAUCAACGUUUCCGUCCGAGAACUGGAUCUUUAUCUCGCCAAUUUUAUCACGAGUCACGAGGUACUAAACGGCAUCUGCAACGCUAGCAAGGAGGAAGAUAGGCGUCGAAAAGGUACAGGAUACCAUGAACUAUAUAAUGGUGUCGUCUGCAAUGAUACAAUCCUUGCGACAGGUGUUUUCAGCUCCAAAGAGCUCUGGAUGCUUUCAAAAGCGUCCAUACUGCAUGACCUCAGCGACAUGCAGCCUCAAAUAAACGCGAUCAAAAUAGAGCACCCGCCGUACUACUGCAGUAGCUACACCCCACCAUCCGCAGCCACGACCGCAGAUCACGUUCAGCCAGCGGCUAGCUUCAGUCCACCACCGGUCCAUCAAUUAAUAAGGAAUGAUAAGACUGAGAAGUCGCCGACAGUCACGGUUUCGAGCGCACCGACAUUUUCGUCGGUCCUCAGACCGGAAGACGGACAUCGUGGUAUAGAAUCCCCGCAUUCGCAAACGGGAUUACAUUCGCCUCACGAAGGACUAACUGGUGGCUCCAGUCAAAGUAUGCCUGGACUCGCUUACUAUCAGCCGGAACAUCCUGGAUCUACAGGUGUAGUAAAAUAUCCCGAGAACGGACAUGAUACUCUUUCGGAUUUUGUGACGUUUGUUUGCCAAGAAGCCGAGAACACCCAGCAACUGUCUCAGACGCAGUUAACCGGAUCACGCACCGGUAUACAAAAGUUUCCUCAGUAUUAUCCGAGUUCAAUGUUACCACCGCCACCACCUGCUCCUAUGGCUAGACCAGUGGCAAUAAUAAGGUCGACGGGUGAGUUAGCAUCAACAACCGCUAGCUCGCCCCCAACAUCGUCCACGUCACCCACGGAUCCAGCAGAGCUAGGGCCUAACCAGGAACAGAUGACCGCCGCAACAGUCGGUCUCGUCAGUUCUGCUUGCCAGAAUUCUGUCGAAUCGGCCGGACGAAAGAGCCCUGCCAGAAUUCUCGUUACUCCGCACACUACCAGCAGGGAAUAUACAUUUGCUCAUUUUCAUUCGCAACCCGGACAGCAAAUCUUCACGUAUCCAACCAUCAGCUCGAUGUCUGGAGUAAUUUCACCGACUAACUUAUCUCUGUUCUCAUCUCCUGUCUCGGUAACGAGACCGGUAGCUACUCAAAGGUCGAUCUCUAAUGUUCCAUCACGUUGGAAUACCGCGCCAUUCAUCAAUUUGGAAGACGAUUAUAAUAUGAUUGCACCGAUUAUCGCCGGGACAAAUAGUGAACCACCAACUGCCAUGGAGGAAGAACGGUAUUUUCAUCCUGUGCAUACAAGUGGCGUAGUGGAUAAAAAUAGCAGUAGUAAUUUAAUAGGUAACGAACUUGGAGUAAACACAGAUCCUGCAUCGCAUCAUCAUCAACAACAGCUUCCGCAGCAGCAACAGCAGCAGCAGCAGCAGCAAACUCAGCAACAGCAACCGUCUUCACAACAGCAGCAGCAGCAGCAACAGCAAGUAAUGGCAGAUAAAUCCAGCGGGCCUAAAUCUCCUCCGUGACAGUGGAGUCUGAGAACGGAAAGUUUUGAAAGACUCACGAAUUCAUCGUGUUUAUCAGAAUCGAUACUUAGUAUUGAGAAUAACAAUUAUGUCGAAAUGACGGUUGAAGCCGAGUUCGAGAAUAAUUAUCAGGAAGCUACGCCUCGUAAUCAAUUACGUAAUUUAAAUUUGCGGAGAAUAGAAUGCUUAAGAGUUCGAUCUUAAUCUACAAAUUACAAAGUGAGAGAAUAAGAAUGCUUUUGAAAAAAAUGCAGUUUAGAGGAAAA